AGCAUUCACCCCUGUUAAUUAAUGAAGGACUUGAAGGAGCUUUAGCCUUUGUUUGCCGAAGCAUGUUCGUGGGUGUGCAGAAAUCAGCAAGCUUUGUGCAAUAACCAACUGUUUGCUUGAAUGCGUCAUUGAGUGCAUUUGCGGAACAUAAUAAGCACAGUUGGAACAAUAUAUUGUGCACGAAGACAAAGGCUCUCGAGUUGGGCACGAAAGCCCUGAGCUAACAAGAAAUCCAGAAUUCUGAAGCGUUUUCAAAAUUUUAUCCCAUUCCAAUGUCUUCCACCAUUUCCAUCUCUCCUCUCUCUCCUCAAAGAUUCCUCUUUUACUUCACACCCAUCACCUGAAAUCCCGCUAUUCCAUCCUCGCACCUUCUUCUUCUUCUUCGAGUUCUGUGCUGCAUUCAUGCCAGGACCUUCACACCCUGAAACAAAUGCAUGCUCGUAUUCUAGUCUCAACUGGGUUCAAGCCCCUCAAUCUUUUUUCAAAGUUGGUUUCUUUGUAUGCUCGGUUCAACGACCUUGGGAGCGCUGUUUCGGUUUUCAGCGCCAUACAAGAACCAAAUACCAUGCUGUGGAAUCUAAUCGUAAGGACCCACAUUGACUCGGGUCGUGUUGAUUCAGCUUUGUUGUUGUACAGAAAGAUGCGCGAGUUGGGUGUUUCACAUGAUUGUUUCACAUUCCCAAUUGUUAACAAGGCGGUCUUGUUGGUUGGGAGUGAUGUUAGAUAUGCAGGAAUGGUUCAUUCUGUGGCAAUUCAAAUGGGUUUUGGACUGGAUGUGUAUUUUGGCAAUACCAUGAUUGAGGUGUACGUGAAAUGCGGCAAUCUCAGCUACGCCCGUAAGUUGUUUGAUGAAAUGCCUGACACAGAUUUAGUUUCUUGGACUUCGAUGAUUUCCGGGUAUGUUUCUGAAGGAAAUGUUGCUUCUGGGUUUAGUUUGUUCAGUGAAAUGAGGAUGGAACUGGAACCGAAUUCGGUGACAAUUUUGGUCAUGUUGCAAGCGUGUUGUGGUUUUGAAACUUCAAUAUAUGGGAGGCAAGUUCAUGGAUAUGUGAUUAAGAAUGGUUUGUUAAGUAAUGGAGCUGUUCAGAACUCAAUCUUGAGAAUGUAUGCUAAAUUAGGUACCAUUGAAGAAGUCGAAGACUUUUUCAGGGAACUUGAUAGGAGGGAUGUUGUUUCCUGGAAUAUUUGUAUUUCAUCUUAUACUUCGAAAGGGGAUUUUGUGAAAGUAAGAGAUUUGUUCAAUGAGAUGCAGGGUGGAGUAGCACCAAGUAUUGAGACAUUAACUAUAGUUCUAUCAGCAUUGACCAAACAUGGGAUUCUAUCCCAAGGUGAAAGCUUGCAUGGUUUAGCAAUAAAAAGCGGUCUUCAUGAUGAUGUUUUGCAGACAUCUUUGUUGGACUUUUAUGCCAAAUGUGGAAAAUUGGAAAGCUCGGAUAAAUUGUUUAGAGAACUCCCUGAUAGAAACUGCAUUACUUGCGGUGCAAUGAUGUUAGGACUCAUUCAUAAUGGGUAUUUCAAUGAAGCGGUUGGAGUAUUUAGACAAAUGCAAGCUGCAGGUCUUGAUCCAGGGGCAGAGAUACUAAGAAACCUUAUUGAUGCAUUUGCAAAUUUAGGUGCUCUGAAGUUGGGAAAAGCAGUUCAUGGCUACAUAGUAAGGAAAUCAUUUUGCGGAACUGAGGAAGCCCAUACUCAUCUUGAAACCUCCAUCUUAAACAUGUACAUAAGAUGUGGUAGCAUAUCUACAUCUAGAGUGUGUUUUAAUAGAAUGGUUUUCAAAGAUGUGGUGGCAUGGACAUCAAUGAUUGAGGGUUAUGGGAGCCAUGGGCUUGGUUUUGAAGCCUCGAAACUCUUUGAUCUAAUGACAAGAGAAGGAAUAAAGCCAAAUAGUGUCACCUUCUUAAGCUUGUUAUCUGCUUAUAGCCACUCUGGUCUUGUGACUGAAGGCUGUGAAGCUUUUUAUUACAUGAAAUGGAGGUUUGGAAUUGAACCCGAUAUAGAUCAUUACACUUGUGUUGUUGAUCUCUUGGGCAGAUCUGGAAAGCUCAAAGAGGCCUUGGCUGUCAUUUUGAAAAUGUUGGCUUUUCCAGAUAGUAGGAUUUGGGGUGCUCUUCUUUCAGGAUCUAGAAUUUACGGCAACAGAGCGCUUGGGCAAUAUGCAGCCCAGAGGCUCUUGGAAUUAGAACCUGGUAAUGUUGGCUAUUUUACUCUGUUGAGUAAUACAGAAGCCAGUGUUGGACAUUGGGAUGAAGUAGAAGAGAUAAGGAAAGUUAUGAAGGAGAAUGACCUAAAGAAGAAGCCAGGGUGGAGCUGCAUUGAGGCCAAUGGAGUGAUUCAUGGGUUUGUUUCUGGAGGUAAUUUGCACCAUCACAUUGAGGAGAUUUAUGAAGUACUGGGGUGGUUAAGUAGGAUGAUGCAAGGGUUUAUAUGAAUUGGGAUCAAUUGAUUUGUUAUGUUACCGGAGGCAUUGACGACUUGCUGGAACAUUUGUUUCUUUUCUUUGGUUGGCUGUAUUUUGCUACAUGUUGCACAGUGAAGGUCAUAAGUGCUACCAAGAGACUGAAUAUCUUUUAAAAAUUAUUCCAUUAACAUAUGGAAAUCUAAUUAGGAAUCUAUCAAGUAUAUGGUUUCUACGAAGAUAUGGCAUUUAUGGUAUAUGCCCUUAUUGGUUUUAAAAAGGACUUCAAGCAAUAGCAAGUGAGUUAUAGAUGGUGAUUUCCUUAUAUGACAUUAUGACCAUAGCCUUCUUAAUUGAACGAAAGGAAUUAUCUCAGAGACCGUCUACUAGCAAAUUCAUUGGGAUGAGUGUUUGUAAUGGAUUGCUGUGGCCUUGAAUGGAUCAUCUUCAUGGUAUUCAGUACCUUGCUCAGAUAUUAACAGUCAUGGUUUGAUCUGUGCUUGUGAUUGGUUAAGAUAGUCUUUAUAGCAUCAAGUUCUGUAGCAGGCAAGAAUUGAAUCAUACAACUUUGUAGGGGAUUAUCAUCCCUGGAAAGUUGUAGCAGUAUGCUGGAAAAGUAGGCGUGUACUAACCAUGAAAAAACGCAGCAAAUGAACAGGGAUCCAGAAGCAAUGGAGUCACCGGAUAUAAAUGAUAUAUAUUCCUUAUACUCUUUCCCUUUUUUUUUCCUUUUUUUAAGACUUAAAAAUAAAAAGAUUUGUAAUCCUUGUAAAUUUUAAUAUUUCAUCCCAUAUGUUAGUCUUGUUCCAUGUCAUUUGUGCUAUUGCUUUGCAGACGUUGCUUUGUAAGGCUACAAGAACUCGCAACAGGGUUACAAAGCCAAGUGGCUAGUAAGCAAGUAAGCAGUGCCUUUAAUUGUUCUACUCCACUCCUAUUACCUGAAAUCCCACUAUCAGGACUUUCAGACCGUGAAACAAGUCUGCUCUUAUCCUUUCUCAGUCUGCUACUACAAGGUUAGAUUUCAACCAAGGUAAGAACCCGACAUCCAGGUAUAAGGUUGGCAUGGACAUGCCUUCUCUAUAACAAUAAAAAGGCAGCUAGCUUUCAGAUAACAACAGAGUUAUGGAUAACGAGGAAAGAAAGAAGGUAAAAAUAUUGAAUUGUAUCUUGUCUAAGGCCAGCUGGUCAACUCUGUUUAUUGCAGAUCAACAAAGAGUUGUAUACAGGACUCUGAACCCUGAACUCUGAAGCAAGCCGAGUGGCUAGUGGCUAGUCAGCAGAUCACAAGAUAUAUGUAAGUAGGUUAGUAAGUCAGUAGGCAGAUAGCAACUAGCUGGUUUGUUUAGAAAAGAGUCGGAAAAAUCCAUCGGUUCUGGCCAACUGGAAGCACACCCAAAUAAUAAUUUUCAUGUAAUCCGA